GAGAGAGAGAGAGAGUUGUCCAGAGUUUGGGUGAACUUCUGCCAAACUUCUUCCCGACGUUCAGCUGCACGCGGACCCGCACGCGAGAGAGGACGACAUGAAGCGACUGCGGCUCGUGCUUCUCACCGCGUUGCUAUGGCAAUGCUGCCGUGGCCAGCAGAGAGGAUUGUUCCCAGCUGUGUUGAACCUGGCGUCCAUGGCAGAUAUAACCACUAAUGCCACCUGUGGUUCACUGGGUCCAGAGAUGUUCUGUAAGCUGGUGGAACAUGUACCGGGCCAGCCUGUUAGGAACGCUCAGUGUCGAAUCUGCAACCAAAAGAGUACAAAACCAACCGAGCGUCAUCCCAUAGACUAUGCCAUAGAUGGGACCAACCGUUGGUGGCAAAGUCCAUCUAUCAAGAAUGGAAUGGAGUACCACUAUGUGACUAUCACACUGGACUUAAAACAGGUUUUCCAAAUCGCCUAUGUGAUCAUGAAGGCAGCCAACUCACCUCGACCAGGUAACUGGAUUUUGGAGCGUUCAAUAGAUGGGGAGACCUUUGAGCCCUGGCAGUACUACGCCAUCACAGACACCGAGUGCCUGACAAGAUUCAACAUUAAUCCACGGACGGGACCUCCUUCCUACACCAGAGAUGACGAAGUCAUCUGCACGUCGUUUUAUUCAAAGAUUCACCCUCUGGAGAAUGGAGAGAUCCACACGUCUUUGAUCAAUGGCCGUCCCAGUGCAGAUGACCCGUCCCCGACCCUGCUCAACUUCACCUCCGCCCGCUACAUCAGGCUGGUGUUUCAGCGAAUCAGAACGCUGAACGCCGACCUCAUGACUCUGACACUACAUGACCCCAGAGAUAUCGACCCCAUCGUGACAAGACGGUACUACUAUUCAAUUAAAGACAUCUCAGUCGGAGGCAUGUGUAUCUGUUACGGCCAUGCCAAAGCCUGUCCACUCAACACCCUCACAAAGAAGUUUAGCUGUGAAUGCGAACACAACACAUGCGGGGAGAGCUGUGAUCGUUGUUGCCCUGGAUACCACCAGCAGGCCUGGAUGGCAGGAACCUUCCACACUCGACAUAUCUGCGAGAAGUGCAACUGCCACGGGAAGGCAGAGGAGUGCUACUUUAAUCAGACGGUCGCAGAGCUGUCUCUCAGCCUGGACCUCCAUGGGCAAAAGAGAGGGGGCGGAGUGUGUAUUGGUUGCCGGGAGAACACCGCUGGAAUCAACUGUGAGACCUGCGUCGCCGGAUUCUACAGGCCUGAUGGGGUGAGCGCCGAGGAAGAGGACCCCUGCAUCCCCUGCUCAUGUGACGCGCACGGUUCCAUCAGCCAAUCAUGUGUCGCUGAUUCAAGCCAGGCUACGCCAAGCCAGCCAGCGGGGUCAUGCCGGUGUAAGGAGGGUUUCGGGGGUCCGCGAUGUGACAGGUGUGCUGUCGGUUAUAUGGGCUACCCGUCCUGCCAGCGCUGUAACUGCAGCGUUGAAGGAAGCAUCAACGCUGACCCAUGUGUAACACCCUGUGUGUGCAAGGAAAACGUGGAGGGAGAAAACUGCGACCGCUGUAAGCUCGGGUUCUACGAUCUUCAAGGUGACAAUCGCCGCGGCUGCGAAAAGUGCUCCUGCAUGGGCGUUUCCAGUCAGUGCUCUGCCUCCACGUGGACCUAUGAGAAUGAGACCACUCUGACUGGCUGGCACUUGGUCGGAGAUUCAGGAGGAAGAGUGUGGUCCGUCCACAGGCAGACGCCUCCGUACCUGAGUGUCCGACACGCAGACGUCGUGAGUGAUCUCGGCUCGGCCUACUACUGGAACGCACCUGGACUGUACCUGGGAAACAAGCUCUUAGCCUACGGAGGGAACGUGGUCUACACCGUGUCUUAUAAUACAGACCAACAAGAGCAAAGGGCCAUCAGAGUCACCUCGGAGCCCGACCUAAUCAUAGAGGGAGGUGGGAUGAAGAUUAUUGACAGAAGGUUCGGCCAGCCGGUGUACCCCUCCUCGCCAAGCACCAAUCAUAUCGCCCUGCUUCCGGAGAACUUCCUGGUUUCAGGCAGCGCGCAGCCGAUCAGUCGGAGGGAUUUCCUGUCGGUGUUAGCCAAUGUGAGCAGUGUGAUGGUGCGGGCCUCUUACAGCACAGAACCCAGCGCCGUGUACAGACUUCACUCAUUCACAAUGCAGGUAGCUAAUCCCUCCGCCGGAGGAGAGAGGAGAGCUUCAGCUGUAGAAUUCUGCUCCUGUCCUCCUGGAUAUGCUGGAACUUCCUGUGAGGCAUGCAUUCCCGGUUUUCGGAGGGUUAACGGGAAUCUGUAUAACGGCGUGUGUGAAGCUUGUCAUUGCCACGGACACGCCUCGCAAUGCCAUGAGGUCACAGGACACUGCCUGGACUGUUUCCACCACACUACAGGCUCCCACUGUGACAGCUGCCUACCUGGUUACUAUGGAAAUGCCACCCGUGGGUCCCCUGCAGACUGUCAGCCCUGCACCUGCCCACUCAAUCUUCCCAGCAACAAUUUCAGUCCCACCUGCCACCUGGGUGAAGAAGGGCAGUUGCUGUGCGAUCAGUGUCAGCCUGGAUACACAGGACCGCGAUGUGACAGAUGUUCCAAUGGAUACUUCGGCCAGCCAUCUGUGCCAGGGAGUUCCUGCCAGCCCUGUGAUUGCAAUGGCAACCUGGACCUAUCCAUACCUGGCAGCUGUGAUCCAAUCACUGGACAGUGUCUGCGCUGUCGACAGGGCUAUGGCGGCCCCGAUUGCGACAGUUGCGCUGAAGGGUACUACGGAGACGCCGUCACAGCAAAAAACUGCCAGCCCUGUCAGUGCCAUACCAAUGGCUCUGUAUCUGAGGUUUGCAAUAAGGAGACUGGGCAGUGCCAGUGCAGAGAAAAUGUGGUUGGACGACAGUGUGACGAGUGCAUGCCUAACUGCUGGUGGGAUGCUGAGCGUCAGGAGUGUCUGCCCUGCCGCUGCAGCCCUCACGGCUCAAUCUCCCAGCGCUGCGAUGUGGAGGGACGCUGCAUCUGUCGCCCUGGCUUCGUGGGCCGACGCUGCGACCUGCGUCGCCAGAGUUACGCGCGACGGGAGACGCGAAGGCCGGUGGAACGGGUUCCUAUAGAAGCCGUGCAGCAGAGAUGGGGGGGUUCAUCCCGUACGGGGGGUUGUCCCAGGGGGGCGUACAGGCCUAAGCCAGGGCCCCAGAUGCAUGGCAUCGCCACAGGUGGAGCGUGUGUCCCGUGCCAUUGUAACUCGUUUGGUUCCAAGUCGUUUGACUGCGAUGAGAACGGUCAGUGUCGGUGUCAGCCGGGCGUCACAGGACCGAAAUGUGACCGGUGUGCACGAGGAUACUUCAACUUCCAGGAGGGCGGCUGCACGCCCUGUGAGUGCAGUCAUGUCGGGGAUAACUGCGACGCCAGCACAGGACAGUGCAUCUGCCCGCCGAACACCAUCGGUGAGAGGUGCGACCGCUGCGCUCCCAACCACUGGGGCCACGACAUCACCACCGGAUGCACGGACUGUGGCUGCAGCGUGAUCGGCUCGGUGACCCAGCAGUGUAACGUCAACACAGGCUGCUGCUUCUGUCGCGACUCCUUCAGAGGGGAGAAGUGCAAUGAAUGUCAAAUUGGAUACAGAGACUUUCCUCAGUGCACCCAGUGCGAGUGCAGCGUCUCAGGAUCGGACAGCCAGACCUGCGACCAGGAGAGGCAAGUGUGUGCCUGCGCCGAUCGGACGGGGAAGUGCAGCUGCAAGGUAAACGUGGAAGGAGACAACUGUGACCGCUGUAAGCCGGACACGUUUGGGUUGUCGGUACGAAACCCACUUGGCUGCAGUAAGUGUUACUGUUACGGACUGACACAGUCCUGCACGGAGGCCCAAGGGCUCAUCAGGAUGUGGUUGGCUCUGAAGCCGGAGCAGACGGUGCUCCCCCUGGUGGACAAAUCCAACACAGUGGAGAGCAGGAGAGGCGUGAGCUUCCAGCACCCUGAGAUCCUCGCCCAUGCAGAGCUGGUCACCUCGACUCUGUCCGAACCCUACUACUGGAAACUGCCCGAGCAGUUCAGAGGCUCUAUGAUUACAGCAUAUGGCGGGCAGCUGAAGUAUGCUGUGUACUACGAGGCCAGAGAUGAAACCGGCCCGUCCUCCUAUGAGCCUCAGGUCAUCAUUAAGGGUGGGCCCAACCGCAAUGUCGUGAUGACACGUCACAUACCAGGACUCCAGAUCGGUCAGCUCACCCGCCACGAGAUCGACAUGACCGAGCACGAGUGGAAGUACGCAGAUGGCCGGUCCAUGACUCGAGAAGACUUCAUGGACAUUCUGUUCUAUGUGGACUACAUCCUGAUUAAGGCAUCACAUGGCAACUUGAUGAGACACAGCCGUAUUUCAGAAAUCAGUCUAACAGUGGCCGAGGAAGGCAGACCGACCAAAGAGAGCGAGGAAGCACAUCAGAUAGAAAAGUGCGAUUGUCCAGCCGGAUACUCCGGACUCUCCUGUGAGGAGUGUGCUGCAGGUUUCUACCGCCUUCGCGCCGGCUCCCUGGCAUCUGUUCCGGCGUCCAGGGUGCCCACCGCUGCCGGCAUGGGCAGCUGUGUUCAGUGCCAAUGCAGUGGGCACUCGUCCACCUGUGACCCUGAGACAUCCAUAUGCCAGAACUGUCAAGACAACACGGAGGGGGAUCGCUGUGAGCGCUGCGCUCCGGGAUUCUACGGUGUGGUCCGAGGUUUCCAUGACGACUGCAAACCCUGCGCCUGUCCCCUCACCAACCCGGAGAACAAUUUCAGUCCGACCUGUGUAGCGGAGGGAUUCGACAACUACCGAUGUACCGCCUGUCCUGAGGGGUAUCAGGGAAAAUACUGUGAAAGGUGUUCUACUGGGUACCAUGGUAACCCACGAAUGCCGGGUGGCCGCUGCGAGGAGUGUAAGUGUUCCCCGUGGGGGGCGUUGUCUGGACCAUGUGACCCAGUCACAGGCCAAUGCCCCUGCAGGGUCGGGGCAUCGGGGAAGUCGUGUGACCAGUGCAUGGACAGGCAUGUGUGUGGACCAGCUGGGAUCAUCUCCUGUGAUGACGAGUGCUCGGGCCUGUUGAUCAGCGACAUGGACCGCCUGUACCGCAUCAUCACCGAGGUCACCCUGACCACGCCCCUUCCACCACCUUAUAAGGUCUUGUACCGCUUUGAGAACAUGACAGACGAACUCAAGCACAUGCUGUCACCUCAGAAAGCUCCGGAGAGAUUACUGCAGCUGGCCGACUCAAACCUGGGAUCACUGGUCACUGAGAUGGACCAACUACACAGCAGGGCCACUAAGGUGUCUGCUGAUGGAGAGCAGGUGGAGGAUGAUGCUGACAGGAUUCAUAAGCGAGCUGAGGACCUGGAGCAGUUCAUCAGGGAUACGCUGCUUGGAGCUAGAGACCUCCAGUUGAAGGCUGCCGAGUUGAACCAGACUCUCUCGCGGAGAGACGGAGCUCCCGACAAAAGCCUGAAGGAGAUGAAGGAGGAGAUCCAGGCCAUGCUUGCCGAGAUGAGAAAACGACAGCUUGGAGGGAAGAAGAGCAUUGCAGAGGAGGAGAUGGACCUUGCAGAGGAGUUGUAUCAGAAAGUGAAGAGAUUAUUUGGCGACCCCCAUCAGGCCACAGAAGACCUGAAAGCAGAGAUAAAAGAGAAGCUCUCAGACCAUGAGGCGAAGCUCCAGGAGGCCCAGGAUCUCCUCUACUCUGCCCAGGGAAAGACGAGGCAGGCUGGAUCACUGGCCGAACAAAACAAAGCUAACCUCACAGCCUUGGAGAGGAAGCGUUCUGCUGUGAGUGCCGUGAAACAGGAAGCACAAGAGGUCCUUGGAGAAGGAGAACGACUACUGGACGAAGCGAACCAGCUCUCUGACAACAUUAUCAAAGAGAUAGAGGACUUGGAGGGGAUGGGAAACGAACUGGGUCCUCUUCAUGACCAGCUGGAUGAUAAAGUCAGUCGCCUCACCGACGGUUUGAGUGACGGCGGCCUGGCUAAUCACGUGCACGACGCGGAGGAGCACGCCAAGCAGCUGAAUGAAUCUGCUGCCAUUUUGGAUGGUAUUUUGGCCGAAGCCAAAAACCUCUCCUUCAAUGCAACAGCUGCCUUCAAGGCCUACAGCAAUAUUAAAGCGAAUGUCGAUGCAGCGGAGAAGGAGGCGAAGGCAGCCAAACAGAGGGCGAGCGAGGCACUGGCCCUGGCCUUAGGUCCAGAUGUUCCAGUGAAGGAAGCAGCUCAAGGUGCACUGCAGAAAAGUCACAGACUGCUGAACCAAGCUAAAGGACUUCAAAAUGAUGUCAAAGAGAACGCAGAUAGUGUGGCUAUGCUGAAGGCCAGAGUCAAAGCAGCCCGAGAUAAAUCCAAAGACCUGCUGAAAGCUGUCAACGGAACCAUGGCAACGCUCAACGCUAUCCCCAACGACACGGCAGCUAAGCUGGCAUCCACCAAGGCUGUAGCAGCAGAUGCCAACGCCACCGCUAUAGAUGUCCUGGAACGACUCGGGGACUUGAACCUGCAACUUAACGGCCUCCAGAGGAAUUACAGCGAGCUGGAGGACACAGUCAACACAGCCAAUCAGAUGAUCCAGGACCCCGAGAAAAACACCAUCAUUCAUGCUGCAGGAGCUAAAGUGAAGGACCUAGAGGACGAAGCUGACAGGCUCUUAGAGAAGCUUCAGCCAAUCAAAAAGCUGCAGGACAAUUUGAGGCGAAACAUCUCACAAAUCAAGGAACUGAUCAGCCAAGCCAGGAAACAAGCUAAUUCAAUCAAAGUAUCAGUGUCUUCAGGCGGUGACUGUCUCCGUAGUUACCGCCCCGAUAUCAGAAAAGGGAGGUACAACACCAUCACCCUUCACGUAAAAACCACCACACCUGAUAACCUGCUCUUCUACCUGGGAUCAGCCAAAUAUGUUGAUUUCCUGGCUUUAGAGAUGCGCAAAGGGAAGGUGAAUUUCCUCUGGGACGUGGGUUCAGGUGUGGGGAGGGUCGAGUACCCGCAUCACACCAUUCAUGACGGGAACUGGCACAGAAUCGAGGCGUCUCGCAAUGGGUUGAAUGGCACCAUAUCAGUGUAUCCUCUGGAGGGCCCCAUGGCUGGUAUGAUGCCGACGCCGGCCAGCGCCAACUCGCCCACAGCCUACACUAUCUUGGACGUCGACCAGAACGCCUACCUGUUUGUAGGAGGGAUACUCGGCACUGUGAAGAAAGCAGAUGCAGUAAGAACAUCCACAUUCACAGGCUGCAUGGGGGAGACCUUCUUGGAUAGCAAACCCAUUGGACUGUGGAACUACAGAGAGAGGCAGGGAGACUGUAAAGGAUGUGUUGUCAGCCCCCAGCGUUCGGAUGGUGAGGGCAUAGUUCAGCUUGACGGCGAGGGCUACGCCGCAGUGGGACGGCCAACGAGGUGGAACCCCAAUGUUUCCACCGUCAAUUUUAAGUUCCGCACGUUCUCCUCCGAAUCCCUGCUCAUGUAUUUGGCGACAGAAGACAUGAAGGACUUUAUGUCCCUGGAGCUGUCAGAGGGCAAGGUGAAGGUGAACUUUGACCUUGGGUCAGGAGUCGGCAGCGCCAUUUCAGAUAGCAGACACAACGACGGACGCUGGAAAUCCCUCACCAUCUCACGGAACAAGAAACAAGCCAUGGUGACUGUAGUAGACAUCGACAGCGGCGCUGAGGAGAAGAUGGUGGCUACGUCCCAGGGUUCGGCUACCGGUUUGAACCUCAGGGAAAACCAGAGGAUCUAUUUCGGAGGGCUGCCUACCAUCGGAAACUACAGCAUGACAGCCAGGCCAGAGAUCACUUUAAAGCGGUACGCUGGAUGUCUUCGGGAGAUUGAAGUCUCCAGGACUCCUUAUAAUCUCCUCAGCAGCUCCGAUUAUACUGGGGUCACUAAAGGAUGUCAUGUAGAGAACCUGCACACGGUCAGCUUCUCUAAGCCGGGAUACAUGGAGCUGGGAGGCCUGUCGCUGGCUGUCGGCACAGAGAUCAGCCUGUCGUUCAGCACUCUGGCAGACACUGGCACCAUCUUACUGGCAGUUGGUGGAGCCUCAGCAGUCAACCCUAAGGCCCGGAAUGCAAACAGGAGACGCAGGCAAUCUGUAGAGCCCUACCUCUCAGUCAUGCUGAACAAAGGCUCUCUGGAGGUCCUGGUAUUUACUGGCAGCCACAGUCCGCGUCGUGUCAUCAGACGGCCUGAGCAAGGCACACUCAACGACGGGAGAGAGCACUCGCUGCGCAUAGAGAGGCUGCCUGGCAGAUCUUAUGCGGUUCAGGUGGACGAAGAGGCCAAGAGGGAGGCGGCGCUUCCCAAUGACCAGCCGGUGAACUUGCAGAGGAUCUUCCUCGGUGGUAUUACUGCAGAAGUGGAGCAGACUUCCAACAGAGCCAACAUCCCGUUCCAGGGAUGUAUAUGGAACCUGAUGGUCAACAACGUCCUCUCAGAUUUCUCCCAGCCUGUGUCCUUUGAGAACGCCGAAAUCGGCAGGUGCCCGUACCUCGCCCCGCCGCCUCCGCCUCUCCCUCUCCCGACAGACGAGGAGGAGCCCGAGGAGGAGAAGGAGGCGUCGAAGCCACUCAGUCCUCCACCGACCCCGGCCCCCGCUACACCUCCUCCAGGCUCUCCUGCUGAGGCCACGCCCCCUGUCGUACCUGCUCCCACCCCUACUGCUGCUGAAGCCCCGCCCACUGCUGCGCAAGAGCCCAGCCCGGACAUGGAUUCAUGUGCCUCGGCCGUGGCCCCGACCGCGCUGGAGAAGGCCUAUCAGUUCGGACUGAGCAGGAACAGCCACAUGACCUUCGCUUUCGAUGACACCAAAGUCAGAGAGAGGCUGGUACUGGAGCUUGAGCUGAGGACGAAGGAGGAGUCAGGCCUCGUCCUCUACAUGGCGAGAAUCAACCAUGCCGACUUUGUUUCCAUACAGAUCAAGGAUGGACAGGUGUGUCUGGGUUAUGAUCUUGGUCAUGGAAACAUAUCCGGCUGCGUCCCCUUCUCCAUCAAUGACGGGAACUGGCACAAGAUCCGUGUGAAUCGUAGCAAGCAGAGAAGCGUACUCCUAGUUGACGGACGAUACAGUAAACAGAUGCUCAGUCCAAAGAAGGCUGACCUGCUGGACGUGGUUGGAGUGGUGUACAUCGGCGGAUUACCAAAGAACUACACCACCAAGAGAAUAGGACCGAUCCUCUACAGUAUUAACGGCUGUAUCCGUAACCUUAAGAUGGUUGGAGGUCCUGUGAGCACUAAAUCAGCCACCACAGGUCGCACUGAGUCUGUCGUGGAGGACUUCAAACUGAACAUGGCCACGCCCACGUCCGCCCACAUGGUGGGAAGAUGUUUCGUCGCCACAGAGGAGGGCACCUAUUUUGACGGCACUGGCUUCCUGAAAGCAGUUGCUUCGUACAGAGUGGGUCUGGAUGUGUCGAUUGCAUUGGAGUUCAGAACCAGCAGAACCAGUGGAGUGCUCUUGGCCAUCAGUAACCAAGCCAACGAUGGACUGGGAAUAGAGAUCGUCCAGGGCAAGCUGCUCUUCAACGUCGACAACGGAGCUGGACGGAUCACAGCGGAGCACGUUCCCGAGGGGCAGGGCUUCUGCGACGGCCAGUGGCACUCCGUCACCGCCAACAAGCUCCGCCACCGGUUGGAGUUGGUGGUCGACGGGAAGCAGAGCAGGGCGGAGAGCCCGAACGCGCGCUCCAACACGUGUGACACAAACGACCCCAUCUACGUUGGAGGAUAUCCUGAUGGAGUUCGUCAGGCUGCUGUCUCUACCAGCACUUCCUUCAAAGGUUGCAUGAAGAACCUGAAGAUCACCAAAGCUUCUAAGACCAUGGAUGUGCACUUCAACAAGGCUCUCGAGAUUAAAGGCGUCCAGCCCCUCUCCUGUCCCGCUGCAGCCGCCUAAAGCUUCCUCUCCUGUAGUUAGCAUAACAAUAAUCAGAUUCAAUGUGCCUGAAACACAAAACCAAACUAACGUAAAGUCAUCCCGUUCGUUGAAAUUAAGUUUUGCGGACAGGUGCACCACUGAGUACAGCCUAUACCUGUGAUUAAAUAACUUCUAAAUAAGCGAUCUUUUCAACAGAAGACAUAUGGAAACAUCCGUUUCUUGUGUGUCUUAAAAACGGAAGAAGGAAAAAACACAAUUUUCAGUCGACACCUAAACUUUUCACGGUUGAGGCCUCAAAGUGUCUUACGUGAAGGAGGACAUUAGUAUUAAGACCUGUGCUGUGGUUACAGGUGCUCACAGUAUUAAUUAUAUUUGCAGAAUGUGUGAUUAUGUGAACAUUAAAGCAGCUUUGUUUUUUUUCAGUUCCUCUUGCAGAGUUAGAAUUAUUUUAUAAUAUAAGUCGUAUUUUGGCAUGAGUUGUCUACCUUUGUCCUUCAUAAACCUUGUUCCCCGCAUUGGUCGAGACGGUCUUAAUUCAUGUCUCCGCUGAUGUUUCCUUUUGUCAUAAGGCAUAGUUAUUAGAGUAUUGUCAUUAAAGAUGAAGUUGAACUUCAGUUGAACAACAGAAGCGGCCAACAAUCUGGUUUUAGACUUCUAAAAAUGACAGUUUUAUAUCUGAAGGCUCUGAAGCCAGAAACCCCUCGGUUCACAUGUCUGAUAUUUAUUUCACUACCUAGGUAUCUAAGCAAUUACAUGUAGAGUCUACUUGAUAAACCCUCCUGACUUGAAUGCCAGUAGUAAAAUUGUUUGUAGAAACUAAACCUGUCAGUAAUGCAGUUCAAUUGAAACUUUACUGAUGCCUCAACAAACAUGAGGGUGAGAGCAUUUUGUAUGGGUGCAAUAUUCCUUUAACAUUCCACACUUGAUCAAUUGAUUUGAUUAACAUGACAGGCCUUUUUUCUCACAAGCUGCAGCUUGUGUUACUUUUCACUAGUGUUGAGAUAUUAAGUUGAAGGUACAAGGUUUCUGCGGGACAGUAAUUGCAGUGUAUGUUCUGCAUGGUGUGGCUGAAAACCCUUCAGCAGCUGUUUCUUAAAUAUACUCUUGAUCGCAUCACA